UUGGCCUGUGGCGGGACCGGGCGCUCCCCCUUCGCCUGUCUCCCGGGUCUCUUGAGGAGCCCAGGAAGGAGGCUCCACUGGUGCCGCCGGGUUAGGGGCUCCCGGGACCGGGCUGCGGCAGCCGUUAGCCGGUCAUGUCGGCCGCACAGGGCUGGGACAGGAACCGCCGGAGGGGCGGAGGCGCCGCCGGCGGUGCUGGCGGAGGUAGCGGGGCCAGCGGGGGCAGCGGGGGUCGGGGCACUGGCCAGCUCAACCGCUUCGUGCAACUCUCCGGGCGGCCGCACCUGCCAGGUAAGAAGAAAAUACGAUGGGACCCAGUUAGGAGGCGCUUCAUUCAGUCCUGUCCCAUCAUAAGGAUCCCUAACAGGUUUUUGAGAGGCCACAGACCUCCACCAGCACGAAGUGGACAUCGUUGUGUGGCAGACAAUACCAAUCUAUAUGUGUUUGGAGGUUAUAACCCAGAUUAUGACGAGUCCGGAGGGCCAGAUAAUGAAGACUAUCCUCUCUUCCGGGAGCUUUGGAGGUAUCAUUUUGCUACAGGAGUGUGGCACCAGAUGGGCACAGAUGGCUAUAUGCCCCGGGAAUUGGCAUCUAUGUCACUUGUGCUGCAUGGAAACAACCUGCUAGUGUUUGGAGGUACGGGCAUCCCAUUUGGUGAGAGCAACGGCAAUGAUGUCCACGUCUGUAAUGUGAAGUACAAGAGAUGGGCUUUGCUCAGCUGUCGUGGGAAGAAACCCAGUCGCAUAUAUGGACAGGCCAUGGCCAUCAUCAAUGGAUCCCUUUAUGUCUUUGGAGGGACAACUGGCUAUAUUUACAGCACAGACCUGCACAAAUUAGAUCUCAAUACCAGAGAGUGGACCCAGCUGAAACCAAACAACCUAUCCUGUGAUCUACCAGAAGAGAGAUACAGACAUGAAAUCGCACAUGAUGGGCAGAGGAUUUAUAUCUUGGGAGGUGGUACUUCCUGGACAGCUUAUUCCUUAAAUAAGAUCCAUGCAUACAACCUUGAAACAAAUGCGUGGGAGGAAAUUGCAACAAAGCCCCAUGAAAAAAUAGGUUUUCCUGCAGCUCGAAGGUGCCACAGUUGUGUUCAAAUAAAAAAUGAUGUAUUUAUUUGUGGGGGCUAUAAUGGAGAAGUGAUCCUGGGAGAUAUCUGGAAAUUGAAUCUGCAGACUUUUCAAUGGGUGAAGCUCCCAGCUACCAUGCCAGAGCCAGUUUAUUUUCACUGUGCAGCUGUUACACCAGCUGGUUGCAUGUACAUUCAUGGAGGAGUGGUGAACAUCCACGAGAACAAACGGACCGGGUCGCUGUUUAAGAUCUGGCUGGUGGUCCCUAGCCUGCUGGAAUUGGCGUGGGAGAAGCUGCUCGCGGCCUUCCCUAACCUAGCAAACCUCUCCCGCGCACAGCUUCUGUACCUUGGACUCACACAGGGACUCAUCGAGCGCUUGAAAUGAGGAUUUCUGGACUGUUCAGUGAUACUGGAAAUGUUAAUUUAAAGAGACUCGUUUAUUUAUGGGCAGUGUAGAAUGUGCUACAAAAAGGAUUGGUUACCCUGAUCAAGGCCUUAUUCAGAAAAUACAUCAGAUGCCUUUCCGUAAAUUGGUUUUUAAGUUUAUGGACAUCUCACUUUCUCAUGUGCUUCCCUCAUUGCUUCUCUCCUUCCUACCCCAAUACAUAUACACAUACUCACAUACUCCUUCUUUCCUGAUGGAGUAGAAGGAAAGUCUGAAAGUACCUUAAUCACGUUAUGAAUCAAGAUAAAGAAAUUUUUUUAGAGGAAUUCUGAACAUACAGCCAUGUUAACCAAUGUUCUACAAAUUAAAAUGUCACUGAUAAAAACAAAAAUUAAAUUAAAACUUAAAAAAUUCCAGCAACAGAAACAACAAGAAGUUUGGAGGACAGAAUGAGAAGGCUAACCUUGAGAAUCUUGCAGGUUAUACUUAAACCUAGAUGUUUAACUCAGUAUUUUCAAGAUACAUCUAAUUUAGUAGCUGAUCUAAUGGCACCAGUGGUUGACAUCUUGCUGCGUGCAUAUUCAAACCUGUCCUGUCUUUGCAGCUCAGCAACUCUUGGUUAGUGAUUUCUUUUCUCAUCCUUAUAGUGCCAGCGAUGGUUAGAGUUGGCUUGUUGAAAGGCUGCCAUGUGUGUCGUGGUUGUGCUCUUUGAUGUUGCUUUUAGAAAUCGUGGCACCAAGAAUGUUUGAAAUUGAAAAGCUUGUGGUGAUCAAAGUUCUUCAGUCUGACAGUUUUGAAAUUCUCCUAUGUUUAUUAAUAGUUCUAAAUAUCUCUUUGACUUGUUCAUGGGGAAUUGUAGACCCUAAAUAUGUGGUGUAAAUGCUGUGGGACAUAAACACAGGUGUGUGAGAGAGGCCAGGAAAGAGCUAGGCAGAGAGAGCCUGCACCCUCUAGGCUCGUUAACUUGGCUUCUGCUCAGGCUAUGGUCUUUGACUGUCAUAUUGGCCAUUUUCUUUUCAGAAUUUUCCUUUCUAAUCUCUGGACCAUGUACUUGCCAUUUUCUCGGGUGGUUUGUCGUUGAGUUUUCUCUUAGCUUCUUGCCUCCUUUUCUAUCUGCUUUAAUGUACAUGGUGCUGUCAUUGUCUAGUAAUUGGAUAAAAGGUCUUGGAGGAAAAGCCACAAGUCAUCCUUCCUGAAGAACCAAGUAUCAUUUAAAAACAAGCAUGAAGAAGGAAUUAAAUUGAGGAUCAUUUGCUUUUUUGGUGUGAAAUUUUAAUUCUGGUUUGUUUUGGUAUAAUUUUUUUUAAUUCUAAAAAGAGUAAUGACUUAAAUUUUCACUUGCUUUGCCAUCAGGCUGCUAGAGGAGUUGAGCAAGUGCUGGCCACGAGCAUUCAGGAGUCCACAGGAGCACUCAUGCUGAAGGCAUGCCAGAGGGCACAGUGCUGAUCCCCUGCAGGCCACCUUACAGCAAGCGACUCACGGGGGAUUUGGGACACAUUUUUCCUUUAAGUGCCUCUUUUUCACCUAGCUUUUAAAGUUAUUUUUCCUUCAUCUCAGAGGGGAUCUCUUUAGCCUAUGUGUGGAUUUAAAAUCACCUUUGAGUUAUGGCUAAAAACUUACCAUCUGGUGUUCAGUUCUGGAGAAGAGAAAACCGUGGCCUCUAGACUUGGUUUCCUAACUUCAUCUCGGCCUUAUUAUCACAUCCCGUACGUGUUGGGUUGAGUUACUGGAGGCUGUAUUCUGCAAAGUCUUGUAAUAACCACCCAUCUGUGAGUUUAGGUCCUUUUUAGGGGGUGAGGAAUGUAGGAGAGAGCCAGGAAAAGGAGCAGCUCCCCUAGGAGGCCACCCACCCACAUCUCGCCAUUACCAGUCUGUGUGGCACUUAACCCGCUGACCUUCUGCCGCCCACGGUCAGGCUUGCUCCUUUGAGGAGCUCUCUCCAGAGCAAGGCAGCCUGAGCAGCUCCACUAGUCCCAAACAGAGCUUUGCUGCUGACUCCAGCCUGGUCUCUGCAUAUUAGGUGGAAAAUAUCCCAAAUUAAACAAGUCAGGCCGUCUAGGGUGGUGAGAGGAUUUUUGUCAUGGAUUUAUAUAGGGACCAAAGACUGAAGGCUCAGCCUCUGUGCUUAGACUUCUAUGGUCUUUGGGAUAUAAGUGAGUCUCUAGCUCUGCUACAGUAGGAAGCUGGAGAGAGAUGUGGUCUGGUUCCAUCCACACUUGCUAGCAUCCUUUGCUAAGCCUUCUGAGGGCACUUGCCUUUGAAGUAGACUUUGGAGGCAGACCUGUGCGUGACAGUUUUAGAAAAGUACACAUCCUUGGUCUGAAGUGUCUUCUUUUAAUAUCACACUAGUAAAAAUGAUGUGGUAUGACCAGCACUGAGUGCUGUAGAACCACACAUGUGCAACAUGUUCUAGAUGCCAAAUGAGACUGUGUGAUGACUGAAAUGCAGAUGACUGGAAUUUUUCAUAAGGGGUCAUCAGGCACUUCAGUUUGCCUGUAACCAGCACUCAGAAUUCCUGACACUGUUUCCUUGAUUUAGGAAAGUUUAUGCCUGCUGCUUCUCUGCCUCUUUGAGGUACUCCCAGCCAUCUUACUACAGUCCUGUAAUUUUAAGUGCAAUAUAUAGAAACACAUAUGGAUAUAUACAGAUUCUAUAUAGGGUGUAACUACAAAGCAGCUAGACUGCUUUUUUAAAAAUAUGUCUUAGGGAAGCCAGCUCAUUACUUUAGAGUGAAAUUAUGCCAAGAAUUUUAGGUGUGAUUGGCUGGCUUAAACCAACUCUUGGAAAAGCUGGAUUUUCAAAUCCAUGUUUUUAAACUCUAAUUCUUAGAGAUUUAUUGUCCCUUGGGUUUGUUAAUAGUUGAGCUUUUUUUCCCCAUUUUUAUACUAUCUCCUGUUUGCAUGACUUCUUACAUUUCUUUGCCCAAGCAGAAGGAAAUCCACCUGUAAGGAGUUUCCUAAAUGGAGAAUUAAAACCUAGUAUUUAAUACUAUCAGUUCUCCCAUGUAUAUACUAAUUUAUCUGGGAAUGUAAUACUUUAUUAAAUGAAGAAGAUGAUGCUUUCUUCAUUUAAUAAAGUAGUUUCCACAUCCUGAAAAAACAAUAAACUGAUAUAGAAGAGAUUGAAAUUUUAACUAUUCUUCGGGGGCUAAUCAAAACCCUUUCCACUGUCAGAAUCUUCUUUUUUUAGGGCCCUAAUGACAUGGUGUAAAAAUUUGCUCUAAACCAUUCAUGCCCUUACAUAGCUAGAUUUAAAGGUAUAAUAAUGAACAUAUUAACAUUUUUAAGCAAAAGGUAUGUUAACAGUGACCUUUGGUUAUCCAGAGUAGCAAGAGUAAAUUACAGUUAAUGAAAUCCAUAGAUAAUCGGUGUUUCAAGUUUUCCAUCAAACAGUUGUUUCAUUUACAUUUCCUUUUCCUCCCUACCCCUUUCGCAUAAAUUGAAUGCUGAAAUUAGGAACCACGGGUGGUAAUCUUGAGUGUUGAUGUUACUCUUCAGCAUAAUCUCCUGUGCUGAGUUCUAGGCUGUCUCUCCUAUAACCACCAAAGAACUCUUAGCACCUAUAGGAAGAAAAAGCUGUAUGAUGCAGGGGAAAUCCCAUUAUUUGAACACAUUUCUUUGGCUCUUAACAUAUACUUGCUUUUCCUCUAAUCUUGAAGGAGCCUUGAUUUUUCCCUUGGAUAUGCCUUUUCCAGUCAUACAGCUUGGCAUAUAGGAAAGGUUGAAUUAUCCUUUAAGACUAUGUUGGUCUUAUUCUGUAAAACCAGUUUGUGUUUAUGUGGUCUUACAGAUGUUUAGAAAGUGGUACAGGUUACUGAAUUGUCUACCUGCCAGCAUUCUGAUGUAGCACAAAAAGGUGUUUUCCUUAUCUUUAAAAAACUUUUCUGACAUUGAGCUCUACAGUGGUUGAGGGUUUAUGUCCUGUGAUCAUAAGCUCCAUUCUAAAAACUGGUGACCGUUAGCUUGAAUUGCUUUGGUUCCCCAAAUAUGUUGGAACUCUAGGAGCACUGGCAGGGCCUGAGGUAGGCUCAAUGAAGUUCUAUACCCUCCCUGCAUGUCACCACCGGACCACACCCAGCAAAGUGUUUCCCUUCUAAGUCCUUAGAUUCAGUGGAAAAUGACCUCUUCCCUAGUCUUGUGUUACAGAAGUCCUGAGUCGUGCUUCAAAAGUGGUAUCUUUUCAGUGUAAUUUUCAUGUCUUUAAUUUUUUUUAAAGUUUUUUAAAGGCCCUGCUUAGUCAGUGUACAAGGUGAGUCAGGCAAUUUUCAGAGAAAAAAGAAAACAAUUUCACCAAGCUGUAGUAAUUGCUGUUUUAUUAGCUACACAUUUAGAAUACAAAGGAGGCAUCAGAAAACACACUGACUUUCUCCAAAGUCACUUGCUUGUACCAGAGUCUGCGCAGGAAGAACACAGGCAUCUCCCUGUAAAGGCACCUGCCAAUGACGAAUUUACUGGAAGAAUCUAGGCAAGAAAGGGAAGCCUCUUUCUGAGAUGCAGUCUCUGAGGGGGAGCCUGUGCUUCUUCGCUCUUCCUACAGGAUAUGCUUACGCCACACACAGUGCUUGCCUUAUUUUAAAGCUAUUUGCCACAGUCUUGUUAAAUAGUGUGGAAGUCCUUUUGCAGUCUGGUGUGCAUGCUAUACGAUCAGGACAGCUUUUCCACCUUACCCGGUUUCCUACAAGCAAGUAGGAAAUAUAGUGAAUUUACCCUAAAAUGUCCAAUCUGUAUUAAUGUAUCUUGUCAGUGUUUUGCUGUUGGUUUUCUAAAACAAUCUGAUCAAUAAAUCGUAUCUAAAUCUA